AUGGCAGACCGUCAAGAACGGACAGGCCGCCGAAGACCUUUCUCCACCUGGGUGAAGAAGCUCGCCGGCUUCAAGAAUGGCUCCUCUAGUGCAGCCGGCCGCAAUGGUCACCCCAAGAACGAUGCCACCCCCAAACCCGGCAAGAAGCGAGUAGUCAAGAACAACAACCCGUAUCCGCAGUCCGGCCGCAUCGCCGAGCCAGCAGUAUCGCAGAGCCACCCAUCGCUCUCGACCGCACGAACUGGCAUGACUUGCAUGACCUCGAACCACUCAUUAGGCCCCAGUCGCGACUCGGGACGAUCGUCGACGGACGGAGCCCCGCCUCCUACGGCGGGCGCCAUGUCAAUGGCACCCACGAUCUCCACAAUGGAUCACGAUGCUACACAUUCCAUCCAUGCUCCUUCGCAUAUGGCGUCGUCAGUCGCAGGAACCAGCCGAACAGUUGGCGGCUUUGAUUCGCGUAAAGGGGGUGACAGUACCUUCUCUUCGCCGGCCCCGUCAGUGCGAUCCUUGACAACCACCCUCACGACCAUCCAGUCGAUGGCUCCAAACGGCGCCGCGAAUGGUAACGCUGUCAAUGGACAAACGUCCGGGGUUCCCGGCAAUGCCCAGACUAUUCAGUUUUCCCAGCCGUUUCCCACGAACUCUCCCGCAUCCGCGAUUCCCCCACAUCUUGCACCUCCGGCGGCGGGACCUGGUCAUCCCACGACGUACAGCAUGGCCACGGCAAACAAUCUGUCGACAGACAACGCCUCGAUUCUGACGUUAGCCUCAUCUAGCAAGAGACGGCGCCGCCGAUCAAUGGAUACAGAUGCCUCGGUCCGCGCCAUGGCCCCAUCAUCGUUAUGGGGAGGGAGUCGCGAGAGUCUGCCACUCAGCGUUCUCAGUGCCAAUGUCGAUGGCACUCGUGACAUAUCAUCGACUCCAGGCCUGCAUCAGUCCACAUCCAGGCUCGCAGGGAACGAGCGCACAAGUAUAUACUCUACAGCCGGCGUUGCACCAGCUCUGCCCGGCGAUAGAAACAGCCUUUACGCAGGCAAGCAGAGCAUGGGUGGAGACGGUGCAAGUGUCCGCAGCGGUUUAAUGGGACAUGGUAGGGCUGACAGCAUCAGCGGUAGCGUUGGGGGUAUGAGCAGUCCCCUGGUCAGUCCGCGAGAGGUGAAUGAGAAGGUCGCUGUCCAGGAGAAGGACGAGAUCACCGCCCGAAAAGAGAAUGACAGAGACUAA